ACUUUUUGUUACAUCUCAAUUUAAUUACUGUAAUCAAAUUUUUGAAACACCUUUAAUAAUUUUCGGUGAAUUGUGAUUGAACAUUUCACAAGGAAUAACACAUAAUGAUAAAAUGUUUGGUGCUGUUACUCUUCCAAAUAGCAGUACUGCUUUCACCUCUAAGUUCCGGAAACGAAUACACAGUUGAUGGGGCAUACGAAUAUUCGAUACCAUAUGACUACUCGAUCGGAGACUAUUACGGAGUAAGCGCACCUGAUUGUGGAAAAGAUAUCAAACAACUGGACGUAUUAAAAGUGAAGAAGCCAAACCAGAUCCGCCUCUCGUACACAGGGGAUCCCACAGAGAUGGCUAUAACCUGGACAACCAACUCUGUGAACCACCUCAAUGUGGUGAACUACGGGCUAAUGGAAGCUGACCUGAACUACACAUCCACUUCCAUCUCUCAUCAGUUUAAAUGGCAUUGGGACGAGGAAGAGGCUAAAUGGGUCUACAUCAGUGGCUUCAUACACGAGUGUUUGAUGGUUAACUUGAUGCCCGGUAGGAUUCACUUUUACCAGAUACUAAGUAACGGUGAAUCGUCUCAAAUCCUGAAGUUUGUAGCCGCCCCUGAACCUGGAUCACGAGCUCCAUUAUCAUUUCUACACACCGGGGAUGUAGGAACAUUCGGGACCUCCGUCAUGAUCACCAAGAACAUGAUGAACAGACAGGAGAAGAAACAGUAUCACGGGAUCCUACACUGUGGGGAUGUUUCAUAUGCUAACAAGUUUAACAAGACAAGACCAAGGAGAAUGGCGGAACCUAUUGCCAGCAAAAUGGCUUACAUGGUUUCUCCGGGGAACCACGAAGUAGAUGUGUAUGAUAGUACGUUAGAAAACGGGACGAUAUAUUCUAAGAGGUUCAUCAUGCCAGGCAAUGAACAUUACUUCUCGUUUGGAGUUGGGAUGGUUCACUUUGUGUCAGUUUCCACAGACGAAGACAUCGACCCGAGUUCAACGCAAGGAGUCUGGCUGGACAGAACUCUGGCUAAGAUCAACAAACAAAGGAAUCUUUGGCCAUGGGUUGUGGUGUUCCAACACAGACCGAUCUACAACUCAAACACGAACCAUGGUAAUUGGAGCGGAUCCAAUAAUCACACUAAAGAAGGUUAUGAGAAUCCCUCAUACGGGGGAUGGCCUGAUGAUUACGAAGCUCUAAUUCUAAAACACAAAGUAGAUCUGGUUCUUACAGGACACGUGCAUCACUACGAACGAUCCUGGCCUGUGAAAAACCGAGACGAGGUCACCAAAUCCUACGAAAACGUGACGUCACCAGUCCACAUUACAUGCGGACACGGAGGAAAGGGUCUUUAUGCGGUUGUGUGGGACUCUGACGGCCGAAACACUUACAGACCACACCAACCAGCGUUUUCAGCAGCAAGGGACAACAUGAACUGGGGGCACUGUGAGUUGGAGUUUAUAGAUGAAAGAACAGUGAGACACACUAUGUUUAGGAUGGGUGAGAGUGAGGUUCCAACCGAGGAUGUUCUUAUAACCAAAGCUGCUGGGGGAGGUGGUGCAGCGAAGGUGGGUUUCAGUUUGGGAUUAUUGAUUGGAUGCUUUAUAUUCUGGAGUUGAUUUG